AUGGGAAAUUCGGAUCAAAAUCAAAAAAAACAUGAACGAGUUUUGUUUGAUGAGAUUGAUUAUGAAAAUAAAGAAGCUUUAAACGCUGCUAAAAACUAUGCAAUUCGAGAAACAUGGAUUCGAGCGAUGGAAAUGCGAUUAGUAAGAGAAGAACUUGACAAAUGUUAUAAAAUAGAAGGUGUUAACCACUAUGAGAAUUGCCGUGAGCUCUCUGAUCGCUAUUGGAAAAUGCUACGGCAGGACUAUAAAGUAAAAGGAUAUUUGGCAGAUGAACGAAUGAUCAAAGAUCUUUAA